CAGUCUUGAUUUAUAUUUCGUUAAUAACGCAACUAUUUUACCACCACAAAACAUUUUUCUUUGAAUCACUAUCAACAAAUCCUCUUAUCAUGAACAAAAUAUCAGUUUUUGUAAUAUUUUCUGUGGCGCUUUCAAUACUGUCAAUGUGUCAAGCAAAUCCUAAAAUCGUUUAUAUUAAAUUCACGGAGUUACACGAUCUUAUCGACACUAUGAAUAAGUCUAUGGAAUUCUAUAAAGGUAGUCUCGAAAACCGAUUUGGUCAGGCGCAAAAUUUAAGCUCUCUGGCACGUGAAAAGUACCGGGAAGGUCAUAAUUCUAUGUCCGAGUGGUGCAAUCAGCUCAACAUCACCGCCGACAUUGUUAUUCCCUUAAUGAGUUCCAAUCAGUCUUCUGAUGCUCAAAACAAUAUAUUUCAAAACAUCACCGCGACAGUACUUAUUCCGGGUUUUGAGAAAGUAGGCGGAUCUUUGAAUGGUUGGGAGGAAAUCUCUAACAAAAUGGAUGAAAUUGCAAGCCUGUUCCGAAGGUUUUUGGUCCAAUUGUACCAGGAUUUCAGGCCAGAUGGAUUCUACGGAAAGGAGAAAAUCAGACUGCAGGAAAGGCUUACCGAAGUUAAAGCGUUGAAUGAGUUGUUUCAAAAUAAAAAAAAUCAAUUUAGACGUUUUGAGGUAAUUAAUUACGAAAUUAGAAGGGAAUUGGAAGAAGAAAAAUGGAAUCUAUAUUCACUUCAAUCUUUUAUCAUAUCCAAUCCAAUAAAUGUCUUAGUGAUGAAAGGACCUUCCCAUUUAAUUGAAGAAUUAAAUCGAAUGAGGGAUGACUGUUUGUCAUUCCUUACGUCAAACUAAUAU